CCAAAAUCUAACCCAACACCAAAAAUAAAAAUUAAAAACAAAAAACCAGAACAAGAGAUAACCGAAUAAACCCACAAAACAACACAAAGCAGCACAAGAAGGUGUUCCAUUUUCAACACUCAUCAGAUCCCAGUCAUCAAUUGCGUUAACAACUCGUAAGGCAACCAUGAGGGGCAUUCUUUCUGUAAGGACAGCCUUGGUUCAACAUCGUAGUGAGAAAUUGGGCCUUGGUUUCAGGCUAUUUAGCACUCAGGGUGCUUCCACUGCUAGUACCCCACAGCCGCCGCCACCACCUCCACCACCAGAGAAAACCCAUUUUGGUGGCCUUAAGGAUGAGGACAGGAUAUUUACUAACUUAUAUGGGCUGCAUGAUCCUUUUCUCAAAGGUGCCAUGAAACGAGGGGAUUGGCAUCGAACGAAAGAUUUGGUACUUAAGGGUACUGAUUGGAUUGUGAGUGAAAUGAAGAAGUCUGGCCUCCGUGGGCGUGGCGGUGCUGGUUUCCCUUCGGGCCUCAAAUGGUCAUUCAUGCCAAAAGUAUCCGAUGGCCGCCCUUCAUAUCUUGUUGUUAAUGCUGAUGAAAGUGAACCUGGAACUUGCAAAGACAGGGAAAUUAUGCGGCAUGACCCACAUAAAUUGUUAGAAGGUUGCUUGAUUGCUGGAGUAGGAAUGAGGGCUAGUGCUGCUUACAUCUACAUCAGGGGUGAAUAUGUGAACGAACGUAAGAAUCUCGAAAAGGCUAGGCAAGAGGCUUAUGCAGCUGGUUUGUUGGGUAAGAAUGCUUGUGGAUCAGGCUAUGAUUUUGAUGUUCAUAUCCACUACGGUGCUGGAGCUUAUAUUUGUGGUGAGGAAACAGCCCUCUUGGAGAGUCUUGAAGGGAAACAAGGUAAACCAAGAUUGAAGCCGCCCUUCCCAGCCAAUGCUGGGUUGUAUGGAUGUCCUACCACUGUCACAAAUGUGGAAACUGUUGCUGUUUCUCCAACCAUUCUAAGGCGUGGGCCUGAAUGGUUUGCCAGUUUUGGUAGGAAGAACAAUGCUGGGACAAAGUUGUUUUGUGUGUCGGGGCAUGUGAACAAGCCUUGCACUGUUGAGGAGGAAAUGAGUAUUCCACUGAAGGAGUUGAUAGAGAGGCACUGUGGAGGUAUUCGAGGAGGAUGGGAUAAUUUACUUGCAGUGAUUCCGGGAGGAUCAUCUGUUCCUCUGAUUCCAAAGCAUGUAUGUGAUGAUAUCUUUAUGGAUUAUGAUGCAUUAAAGGCUGUUGGGACAGGGUUGGGGACUGCAGCUGUAAUUGUAAUGGAUAAAUCUACGGAUGUUGUGGAUGCUAUUGCAAGGCUUUCCUACUUCUACAAGCACGAAAGUUGUGGGCAGUGCACACCAUGCAGGGAGGGAACUGGUUGGCUUUGGACAAUCAUGGAAAGAAUGAAAGUUGGGAAUGCCAAGCUAGAAGAAAUUGAUAUGCUUCAGGAGUUGACUAAACAAAUUGAAGGGCAUACAAUUUGUGCCUUGGGUGAUGCUGCUGCAUGGCCAGUGCAGGGUCUUAUCAAGCAUUUCAGGCCUGAGCUUGAGAGAAGGAUUAGAGAACAUGCAGAAAGGGAGCUGCUGCAGGCCACUGGUUAGGCUUUCACUAAGGGGUGUGAUUGUACUGCUGGAUAGCAAGAGUGAGAAUAAGACAGUGCCAGUCAUUUUGGAAAGAUAGGUGGCUCAGGUUACUGUAGCUUUAUUGCUACUUCUAUUUUCUUUUAUGCUGUAGCAAUUAUGGCUGGAUCAUACCUGGGAAACCAUUUGGGCGAGUUUAAACUGUACCUGCUUGUCAUUUGGCACAUUUUCAUGUAAUUUGUUAAUAAUAUCUGUAUACUGUUAUUAGUUUUGAAACACAAUUCAUGAUUAUGCAUGUUAUCAGUGAAUAUGAUGAGGGAUGAUGUCCACUGGAUAACCUAACUUAUUUGUGAUUGAGUUAUUCAUUUGGAAUAACUUUUUAGAAGAACAUGUUAUUGUUCAACAACGUCCUCAACUUGCUUGUAUGAAGUCUGUUGAUCCAUGCAUGGACUAAAACAUGUCCAUACAUGAUUUUCAGCUAGUUAUAAUCCUGGUACCAAGGUCGUUUGCAUAUUUCUUUUGCCAUGCAAGAGACAUAUUUGCCUUUCAAGGAAUUUUCUUGAGUGUUUCCAA